AUGACUGACGAAGAAUCCCCUAUUUCACCCAAAACCUUCGCCAUCCCCGAACCAACCGUGACCUUCGUCCCGGAGACCGACCCCUCCCACCCGACAAUCCUCCUGGAACCCUACCACGUCGACCUCCUCCCGGAAUACGACUUCAUCAGCCAGGAGUACCUGAUCUCCGGCACCGCGCAGGGCCAAUCAUACUGCACGCGCCUGCUACUCCGGCGGCCCGCAGACCCCGCCCGAUUCUCAGGGUUCGUGGUCGCCGAGCCCUCGCACCUGUGGGGCGGGACGAGUAUCUGGCGGCAUGUAAAUCGGUGGGUUAUGCGCAAUGACCACGCCUGGCUCGAAGUCGACUCGCAAGCCCCCUCAGCCACCGAGAAGAUCAAGAACGUCGACCCGGACCGAUAUGCAGCCAUAAAUUCCAUGGCAGCAUAUCGCAGGCGGGCCGGGACGGCGAUUGCCCGCCAGAUGAAGUCGGGGUUCCUGUUACCUGAGGAUGCCGAGGUUCUACGGCGGGAGACGGUGGAACGAGUGCAUUUCUCAUGA